GGAAGGAACAGGGAGCUGCUCACUCACCACAGCUGCUGACUGGGUGUUCAAGUGUGUGAUCGCGAGUGCUUCUUGAAGCCGUCGUGUGAAUAGAAGGGGACUUUUUUGUUGUUGUUUUUAAACAAAUUUUUUUUAUUUUUUUUUUAUUUCUUUCCAAAGUGCAACAUCAGCCUUCUCAGCAAGAGCAGAACUUGUCUGAAGCCCUUCCUGGGAUUUUGAAGAGGACCCAGGACAGAGAGCGUGCUGCCAGCAACUGCCUGGCUGCCCGGCAUCGCCACAAUGAGUGAGAGCCGAAGGGAAGCGCUGGCGGCAGCGGCCCCCGCACCCACCUCCGCCUUCUCCUCGACGGCCGGCUCCAACACAACGAGCAUGGCUGGACCAGGCACGGAUGAGAAAGAAGCCCUUUCCAAGCUGAAGAACAAGUUCAUGAAUGAGCUGAACAAAAUUCCAUUGCCGUCAUGGGCCGUUGUCUCGAUCGCCUUUGUGGCCAUCAUUUUGGUGUUGGCCUGCUGCUUCUGCAUCUGCAAAAAGUGGAUUUUCAAAAAGAAAAACAAAAAGAAGGGCAAAGAUAAGGGCAAAAAUGCCAUCAACAUGAAGGACGUCAUGGAUGGAACCAAAACCGAGGCCUUGAAGGAUGAGGAGGAUGCAGAAACAGGGCUGACUGAAACGCAGAAAGACCCCGAGCCAAAGGAGGACCAGAAACUGGGCAAAUUACAAUACUCGCUGGAUUACAAUUUCACAGAGAACACGCUCAUAGUCGGCAUCAUCCAGGCUGCAGAGCUGCCUGCUAUGGAUAUGGGAGGCACAUCCGACCCUUACGUGAAGGUCUACCUUCUGCCUGACAAGAAGAAGAAAUUUGAGACCAAGGUCCACAGGAAGACCCUCAACCCCGUCUUCAACGAGCAGUUCACUUUCAAGGUCCCUUACGUAGAGCUUGGUGGGAAAACACUGGUGAUGACAGUGUAUGACUUCGACCGCUUCUCCAAACAUGAUGCCAUCGGUGACAUCAAGGUGCCCAUGAACAAGGUGGACUUCAGCCACAUAACGGAGGAGUGGCGGGAUCUGCAGAGCGCUGAGAAGGAGGAGCAAGAGAAGCUGGGGGAUAUCUGCUUCUCCCUACGAUACGUUCCCACUGCAGGCAAGCUGACUGUGGUCAUUCUGGAGGCCAAAAACCUGAAGAAAAUGGACGUGGGUGGCUUGUCAGAUCCAUAUGCUAAGAUCCACCUCAUGCAGAAUGGCAAGAGGCUGAAGAAGAAGAAAACGACAAUCAAGAAGAACACCCUCAAUCCUUACUACAACGAAUCUUUUAGCUUUGAAGUCCCGUUUGAACAAAUCCAGAAAGUGCAAAUUGUUAUAACUGUUCUGGACUAUGACAAGAUCGGCAAGAACGAUGCCAUCGGCAAAGUCUUUGUGGGCCUGAACAGCUCGGGCACGGAGCUGCGCCACUGGUCCGACAUGCUGGCCAACCCCCGGAGACCCAUCGCCCAGUGGCACGUGCUGAAGCCCGAGGAGGAGGUGGACGCUCAGCUCGCCACCAAGAAAUAGGCAGGGCCCCUUUCAGCUCCUGCCUUGUAGUACUCUUUAGCCAGUAUACGUGUAAAUACCUCAGUGAUAAAUGGGUCCAUCUAUGUAACCCCACCCUUUACUACCACCUUUGAGCCUCCUGAUUUCACUCGGUAAUUGUUCAAACAUCUCGCGACAUCUUGCUUUUUUUUUCUAUCAGGGUCUUUGUGUUCCUUUCUGAUUCAGCAGUUGUUGGUUUCCAUCUCUGAGCCCUUCACCGCCACAACCAAAAGCCCCCUUCUUUUAAGCAAUAUGAUCUGUAUAGAUAGCGCAUGACUGAAAGAGUUUAUUGUACCACAGUUGUAUAUAUAAGUAUGCAGACAGAAAUGAUUUCUAGUUUAUGUGUUCGUACGUUGUUACCCGUUUCCUAAUCCGUGUAUAUCUUGAUGUUUUUAAUAAGAUGUUCUAUUUUAAAUUAUGUAAAUUCAGAUAUAGAGGAAAGCCAAUAUUAUAUAUCCCAGGAUUAAAAUAAUUCUACCUUAAUUACCUUAUUGCAUUCCAGAAAAAUGAUUCUGUCCAACCUGCCAGCGGGAGUCUGUUCAUAUCGUAAAGGACGUCUGGCUUUAAGUUCAGCAUCGUAGAAUAGAAGAGCAGAUGAAUAUAUUCACACUGAACUCCAAAAAUACAAGGCCAUUAACUGCUAUGGUUCUGUGAGGAAAAUUAUGCUGCUGGAAAUUAUACAAGCACAUGAUUUCUAACGUUUUGUACUUAUUUCUUAAUCGGAGGACCUGCAGUUUGAGUUUGGCUUGAAACAAUAAUUAAGUAUUUGUUUUCUUUCCAUAUUUGGUAGAAAAAUGUCUAUUAAUACUGGUUUUGUUUUCCGAAACAAACUUGAGUCAUGAUCCUUGAAAACAUUAACCCAACACGGAGGGGAAAAAAAGCACCAAGCUGUUAGCCAUCGUGCCCUUAAACUUGUCGGACAAUAUUUUGUUGAAGCAGCCUUGUCGUCGUCGGAAGUGUCGUGUUCAGGUUUCAUCUUUGAAAGAGUGAUUUAAAACGAGAAAAUUAAAAAAAAAUUAAAAAGCUGAAGCUCCAGUUUUAAGAGGACUAUUUUUUAAGAGGAGGGGAAAAAAAAUUAGCGUUUUAACUAUUUUUAGUAAAAUGCAUGAUUGUUUAUUUUUUAAGAUCCUAACGCUGACGGGCGAGAUGUUCCCCCACCAGAGGAAGCUCUUCUGAUAAAAAAUCUCCUCGCCUUCAAUCAGAAGAAGUAAGAUUACAAUUUUGGGUCAAUGUAACGUUGACGGAGCUGAGGUGAGUUUAACACUGCCAUUUUUAGGGAGGGGGCUUGUUUCGAGGCCCUCCCUUCAUGCACACUUCCACUCGUUAGUGGUUGUAGCUUUGGUUUAUUGGGAACAAUGUCUUUGGCUGCAGCGGUGCCCUGACUCGCAGUCUUUGCUUUGCGUUGCCUUCUUACAGUGACAAUAGAGCUAGCCAUGUUUUACUGCCAAUUUGAACUUUUAUGUGGCUGCUGUUUUUGCACUGGAUGUCUUUGAACUCACUUCUUUAGGAAACAUUUGUUUUUGUGUCAGGACACCUGCAGGAGGAGCCAGAGUUGAAACUCUACGGAACCCAGAAAGUGACAAGAGUUGAAAUAAAAAUAAAAAGGAAAAAUGAGGUUGGAGAAGUCUGUUCUCUCAGUUUAGUGAUGCACAUGCACAGAUUAGCAUUAACAUCAGUGUCUACAUGCAGCAGAUGUUGCUCUUUAAGUCAUUCCAACUGGAAAAAAAAACAUUUGUUUAUAUAAUUUUCAGAUUUUUUUUUUUUACUCCGUUUUGCACUUUUUUAGACGAUUCUCAUGCGCUCAUCUUACAAUCAGCUCCACAUAAACACAAGUGGGAAGUGAUUAAAGGUGAAGAUUUAUCAGCCGUUUGUUUGGAGGUGUUGAUAAAAGGGAAAUUCGACCUUUUCCCCCACAUUUAUGCAAGAGUCAUAAGCAAAUUAUGUCAACCAGCUGCUGUUCUGCCUCUGAGCCAUCAAGGGAGAGAGUGACAAGGCUGUGAUGGUUGAUACACAAAAGGCUAACAUUGCUGUGUGGUGAGGAUGUGAUGUAAUGACAGAAUGACAAACUGUUCUGUGGGAUUAGAAAUUAUAUAUAGUGCUCCACAUCUUUCGCUGCUGCGUUACACUCCACACCUGUUGUUUUAUGAUUUGGCUUUAUUACAAAAAAAAGGUUUACGUCCUUGUGGAGCAUGACCAGUUUGAAUGGUGAUCACAAACAGCCGGAGGAAACUUCAAGAUGGUUCAUUACGUUCAGAAUUGACAAGUAGCCAUCUUUUGUUGUGAUUUCCCAAAACAGUCAAGUAGGUCACCAAAUCUGAGCAUGGUCGUCUAAUCCGAGCUGACAGCUAAAACUAAAUUUACUAUUUUCUGAACUGGAGAGACUUGUUCAACUUUUUAUUUUACUUCUUGUUUUUGCUGGGUUCCGUACCUUUUCAGCCAUCAGCAUCGGCUUUGUUGCUGGCACACGAUUACAUCCAGCGAGCUAACCGUACAAGUUAAUGGUCUGCGUAGUCCAUUGUGUCCUUUACUAUGGGUCCAAUCAGGAGUGGGAUAAUCCAUUCAAAACCAUCACGUCUCUUAUCUUGGAGGAACCUCUUGCAUAUACUCGAUGCUUAUACUUCAGGAGGACUUUCUAAAUGUUUUCAAUGUUAGUGUGUAGUUGAUAGCACUAUUAUGAAAAAGCUACUUGUCAUUCCAUAGGAGUCUGAGGACUGCUUUGUGUAUCACUGUGACUGCCGUGUGUGCUUAGAGAUGUAGAGUUAUCAGUAGGUAGCGAGUUUGUUCUGUAGUGAUGUCGUAGCGUUUAAUGCCAUCCUCCCCCCCCCACCCCACACGCAACAAGAGAGAGGAAGAGUGCGCGUGCACGCCGUUGCUUGACGUCACGUGUUUUUUAUGGGAGCGGGUUGCUUCACACAGCAUUUUGUUGAGCACUGUGCAAUACUUGUAUGUUCAUCCCAUAGUGUUAGCGUGGGUGGCGUCGCCUGAGAAAAGACAACCCCCCCCAGAGGAUUCUCCUUUCCAGUGCAAUGGUUAGGACACAGCACACCUUAGACUCAUAGGUUGGAGCUUGUUCACCUCUGUUUAGGGUUCCCUUCCUUUUGAUUUCCUCCUCUUGCACACAGUUCCAGCAUCAGACGUUUCAGGGAGUCUUAGUUCAAAACCAAACAAAGAGAAAUAGCCCUUAAACAUGUAAAUAAUCACAUAAUGCCAGAACUGUAUAUCAAGAAUAAACAUAGUGACAUAAAUAUGAUAAAUCAGCCGCAAAUCUAUUUCAUCCACAUGUUAAAUCUCAUUAUGUUUUUGGUUUUGUUGAUUUAAAAGCCCUUUUAUAUUUGAGAUGAAAACUCUGAAUGUACAGUAUGAACUGUGUUGGUGUAGAUUUUCUUUAACCGUGAGAUUAUUAGAUGUACUUUGCACUUUUUGUUGUAAAAAAAAACAAACAAACGUACGUAUA